ACGGUUAACGGUUUUUCAUUUUGACCCCUUUAGCUAAGCACGUUUCUCUGUCAUGGUGCUAAAUAUAAUAAGGAGAAUUCCAGCAAUUUUUCUAAGAAUAUUUUUUUUUUGCAUAAUUCCAUUGUUGUGAUGUAAACAGAGUCAUUCAGAGUGGUUUGAUGUGAAACGGUUCGUUGUGGAGACCCUUGUGGUGGUGAUAGGAACCAGGGGGCACAGCGUCUACAACACUAAUAGAGCCAUUGUAUGUGCUAUUCAAACCACCAGUGAACCUACACGAGUCUAAUGAGUAUAUGGGAUGUUGAUGAUGGAAAAAAGCAUGAAAAUCUGAAACAAUACGCUUUCCUUGGGAACUAUUUUGCCUUAGAACACAAUCCAUGUAUCCCUCCACCGUGGAUUAAAAAUAAAUGAAUUAACAAGAGGUUUUAGGAUAAAACCUAAACAUAGAACUGUCGACAAACAUUGACUCAGGCAACGUAAUCAUAAGCCUUAUAAGUAAGAACGUUCUGUGAGGGGGCUUUUAGAGGUGGACGUCUGGUUCCUAUCACCACCGUUGUGAACGAUUCUGACUCUAGAACGGAGCGUUUCACACCAAACCACUCUGAACGACUCUGUUCACAUCUUAACCGCUUAAUCACGUAGAUAUUUUGGUGGAGUUCCCCUUCACGUACAUGGAACUGAAUGGAGCUGGUGUUACUACCCAUAGAAAAUAAAGUAUAACUUGGUCCGGCCAGUUCUUGGACACUCCCUCCGCACUCGCAGCGCUCUCCCACACUCUCACACACUCACACACACAGCACCCAGAGAGGGAGAGCGCGCGAGCAAAACAGGAUGAGAGAAUGAGAAUGAGAGAUCAGGUCAGUGAGGCAUCAAGCCGGACACACAAAGCUUCUUAACGGCAGCAGGUGGAGGAGGAGGAGGAGGAAGAGGAGGAGGAGAAAGAGAGAGACCGAGACCAUCCCGGGGGCGCGCGCUCUCGUCACCCACCUGCGCGCUCUCGCCACUGUCACCACGAGCAGCGAGCGACUAGCAGCGCCCGAUGGCACCGGCUUUAGGGUGAUCGAGGAUGAGGAUGAGGAUGAGGAAGGUUUGGCACGGGGAAGCCGGCAGCGCGCUUUUACUGCUUGCGCUCGCCGCGCACGCGCAGGUUGUGUGUGCAGUGGGCACUUUUGAGCUGCAGAUCCACCAAUGGCAAAACUCUCUGGGCAUUCUACAGAGCGGUCAGUGCUGUGACCUCCAGGCCGGCGGGGCUCAGCAGUGUCCUUCCAAUGAUCAGUGUGACACGUUCUUCAAGGUGUGUCUGAAGGAGUACCAGGCUCGUGUGGCCCCCACGGGCUCCUGCACGUUCGGCUCGAGCAGCACGCCCGUCCUGGGUGGAAACUCGCACACAGUACGGCACCAUGGACACGAGGGGGCCGAGGGAGGCCGCAUCAUCUUCCCCUUCAAAUACGCCUGGCCGAAAUCCUUUUCCCUGGUGAUCAAGGUGCUGGACUAUGACAAUGAAACGGAGCUAGGUCAGGAGCAGCUGAUUGAGCGUGUGCUGCUGUCGUCCAUGCUGAACCCUGGGGAGCAGUGGCAGGCGUACCAGCACCACGGCCGCCAGCUGAGUCUGGAAUACCGCCUGCGCUUCCGCUGUGAUGCCAACUACUACGGGCCGCAGUGCAACAAGUUCUGCCGCGUGCGUGACGACUUCUUCGGCCACUUCGACUGUGAUGCUGCUGGCAGCAAGGUCUGCAAAGAUGGCUGGAGUGGACCAGAGUGCACGCAGGCGGUGUGUAAGCAGGGAUGUAACCUGGCUCACGCUUCCUGCAGCCUUCCGGGAGAAUGCAAGUGUCACUAUGGCUGGAAGGGGAAUCUGUGCGAUGAGUGUGAGACGUUUCCAGGUUGUGUUCACGGGACCUGCUCCGAACCAUGGAAGUGUGUAUGUGACACCAACUGGGGCGGUCUGCUCUGUGAUAAAGAUCUGAAUUACUGUGGGAAUCAUCAGCCAUGCAAGAACGGAGGCACUUGUAUCAACACAGAACCCAACGAGUAUAACUGUGUGUGUCAGGACGGUUUUCUUGGCCGCAACUGCGACACUGUGGAGCACGCAUGUCUCUCGUCCCCGUGCAUGAAUGGAGCGACGUGUGUAGAAGACCAGACUGGCUUCAGUUGUGUGUGUGCAGAUGGCUGGACCGGACCCACCUGUGCAGCUGCAGUGCUGCAGUGUGACUCGGCCCCGUGCAAGAGUGGGGCCACGUGCCGAGAGACGCCGCGGGGCUUCCAGUGUCUCUGUCCUCCAGGCUGGACCGGCAAGACCUGCCAGAUAGAUAUGAACGAGUGUGAGGUGGGCGUCUGUGUCAAUGCUCAGUCCUGCCGAAACCUGAUUGGUGGAUACCUCUGCAACUGUCUGCCUGGAUGGGUGGGGCCGAAGUGCGAUAUAAGGAACAGUAGCUGCCAGGGUUCGUGUCACAACGGAGGACGCUGCGAGGACUCAAAGUGUGUGUGCUUGUCGGGUUUUACUGGUGAACACUGCCAGACCGCAGUGGGAGCCUGUGACAGCGCCCCCUGUUUGCAUGGAGGACAGUGUGUGGAGCAGAAGGAUGACGAGAGCCUGCUCUGCAACUGUCCAGUGGGGUACACUGGAACUUACUGUGAGGUGGUGGUAGAUAUGUGUAAUCCCAACCCCUGCCAGAAGGGGGUGCCGUGUCAGAGCACAGAAAGUGGCUACAUGUGUGCCUGCCCUGAAGGUUACUUUGGAAAAGAGUGCAUGAGCCUGAAGGACUUGUGCCAUGGGCCGCAUUGCCAAGUAUCAAACUCAAGCAGUGGAGAGUUCAGCAUGUACAUGGUUCUGCUUGGGGUGCUGGCCGUGUUAGUGGCCGGCGGCUGCUCAGUCUGCGCUCUCCUCCUGUCCCGCCUGCACCGGCGCCGCAGCACCAAGCAGCCGACCACGGACACCGCCAUCAACAACCAGCGCCACUUCUGCACCCUCAUCCGCAACGUGGACCACAAUGAGGUGCUGCAGGCACCUGGCCGCCAUGGCCAGGCUCAGGCCGUCCCGUCUGUGCUCCACCCGGAGGAGAUCGAACUGACCCUGCCACCCUCUCCGGCGCCAUCCCCUGCCUUCAAACUGGUCCCAGGACCCAAACUGGACAUCUGCAACCGUGAGCGGGAGAAGCUGAACCGGUUCCAUUACGCAGACAGCCAAGAGCUGGAGGCAUGACCUUGCACUGACCUUUAGGAAGGACUGCGAUGCCCUAAGAAAAGAACGGCUCACCUCGACUGACCCCUUCUUGAGCAGCCUCCUGCCAGGAAGGUCAGAGCUAGGUCUUUGCGAAGGCACCGGAAAAGACAGCACUCCAGGCAUGAGCUGCGGACCUCAGGCCAAGUAAACAUGUUUAAAGCGAUAGUUCGGCUAAAAAUCAGACUGAAACAGUUUCCCCCUUCGCCCAAAUGUUGUCCAUCGGCCAAGACAGGUUUGGUGUCUGAAAUGCGUUUCUUUAGUUUUGCACUGGAGCUAUGAGGCUAUCGUUGCUAACGAGCGAUGGAAUAGACACCAGUUUAGCAUGAGCAAUCUGAAAUGAGGCUGCUUGUGUGGCUUCUCACAGAAUAAUGACAUAUUGUUAUUUAUUAAUAUUAUAUAAUAUUAUUACACUCACACCGAAGUUUCAAAGAGUGUUUCCACAUAAGCAAAUCUACUUGAGAUUACUGAACAACCGGACAGGAUUUAAUACAAGCAUGUGAUGAUCUACACCGAUCAGGCAUAACAUUAUGACCACCUCCUU